AUGGCCGUCAACCGGCCUAUGGGGCUCAAUUUUAUUGAUCUCCCCAUCGGCCCUCCCCAUUUCGCCAAUGAUUCACAAUUGUCUUUCAAUACGGGUAAACUCCAAUUUCCGGACUCGGCACGGGAAUACGAUUUCACCGCCGAUGACCUGCAGGACGAGGGCCAGAUAGGACGGGGCAACUUCGGGACAGUGAACCGUAUGGUACACCGCGAUUCGGGUCAUGUGCUAGCUGUUAAGCGAAUCCGCUCCACCACGGUACAACCGGAAGAGCGGAGGCGAUUGCUCCGAGAGCUCGAAACUGUUAUGGCAGCCAACAGCUGCGAGAAUAUUGUCCGCUUCUUCGGAGCUGUCUUCUUCGAGGGCGACUGUUGGCUAUGUAUGGAGCUGUUGGACAUCUCCUUGGACACCCUGUAUAAAAAUGUCUAUAAAAACGGGUUCCGGCUGCCGGAAGAUAUGCUGGGUUAUAUUGCGGUUGCGACUAUUUCGGCGCUCAGCUACUUACGGACUUCGUUGCGGAUGAUUCAUAGAGAUGUAAAGCCCUCCAAUAUUUUGCUGGACCAGCGGGGGAUGAUCAAGCUUUGCGAUUUCGGCAUUGCCGGCGAGCUGGUCGACUCGAUUGCCAAGACGCAGGAAGUCGGCUGUAAACCCUAUAUGGCGCCGGAACGCCUGAGCCCCACCCCUGCCCCGUACGGCGUCCAAUCUGACGUGUGGAGCCUCGGCAUCACCCUCCAUGAAGUCGCCAUGGGCAAAUUCCCCUACUCCAGCUGGAACACCAUCUUCGAGCAGGUUGAACAAGUUGUCCACGGCGACGUGCCGAUGCUGCUCGUCAACACCCCAGAGAAUUUUUCUAUCGAAUUAGUUCAAUUUUGCAAUUCUUGCCUCAUCAAAGACAAAGACCAUCGCCCCCGGUACCACGAUUUGAUGGGCAUGGCAUUCUACCGGAAAUACGACCUGCACGGCGAGCAGCUGGCCGCCGCCCGGCAGCACAUCGGCACAUUCGUGGCCCAGUUUAUCACAAAACCCUCA